CUGCUAUAUUCCGACUUGUUUGUACGGUCAUUUUGAUUUUGUAAGAAAGCUUGUUUUUGUAAUUGGAAUAAGUGUAAUAAGUUUGACAAUGUAUGCAAAAUUUUCAUUACAAAACAUCCCGCGGCACAAAAGCGCGGGAUGUCUCUCGCUCAGAUUCGGCAGCCUCAUGACAGCGCUGGUGGUCAUUCUGUACUCCAUGUGCUCUGUUCAACGUUGCGUCGUAGUACUGUCUCAAACCAUACAAUUCAUGGAUUUUAAUCAGUGGGCCUCGUUGGUGGCACUCUCCACUAUGAUCGCAGUUAUCGCAAUCCACCUCACAUCUUUCGCGCUCAGCGCUGUGAUGAUGUUAGGAGCUCUGAAGGAGCAAGCAAAGAUGAUAAAGCCGUGGGUGGUAUUUAAAUCGAUACAGCUCAUCGCUGAGGUUCUGCUGGUGCUUUGGGUGACCGUCACCUCGUUCCACCAUUUGUACAACAACGCCUUACAGAUAUAUAUUUUACAAUUCGUUAGCAUCCUGGUUGAGUUCUAUAUGCUGGUCAUCGUGGCGAGCUACUACAAGGAACUGACGGAACGCAACGACGAGGCCGAACGGUUGCGCUUCAUCGACAAAGCUUGGUAUACCGAGGUCUAAAGCGACUUCUCAUCUUAUUACAGGGCUAGCUUCUUGUUGGUGUAGCAUCCUCCACUCCUCACGGUUCAUAGCCAGUUCCUUGACCUCUAUUUAGCUGUUCAGUUUGAUCUUGUUUUUUUUUAUUCAUUAUACGCCAUUACUGGUCUUCCUCUCUAUCUUUUUCUUUUCCCAGAACCUGAGCUUAGAAGUGACCUUCUCGUAUAUCCCAAGGGGUCGAUUUUUUUGUCCGAAAUAACGUUUGGUUGAAUUUUCAUUACACCGAAAAGCGAAGUAUAACGAAACAGUUGUUAUUUCAGGAUAUGUUGAAUGUUUAUCGCAAAGACACGAUAAGGUUCUGUUAGGUUAGGUUACGUUAGGUUUAAAAGAAAAAACAUUUUCCUCUCAAAAUUACUUUCGAAGUUAUGAAAUUUCCACCAAACGUUAUUUCUGGAAAAUGUUCUUUGGCUUUACACAAUAAACUAGUUGCCA